AUGUCCAACCAACAGCUGGUCGAGAGCAAAGGCAUCUUCCAUGGCCUACCCGUGUAUCCAUCCUCGCUGAAGGGGCUCACAGCCAUCAUAACUGGAGCAAAUGGUAUUUCUGGAAACUAUAUGCUGCGUGUAUUGGCGCAGGACCCAGAGAGAUGGAGUAAGAUCUACUGCUUGUCACGGCGGCCACCUACGAUCGCGGAUGGGCUGCCGAAGAAUGCCGAGCAUAUCCCACUAGACUUUCUACAAGAGCCUGAAGAGAUCGCAAAGGUAUUGAAGGACAAGGGCGUUAAGGCUGACUACGUCUUUUUCUACUCGUAUGUGCAAGUCAAGCCGAAAGAGGGCGGCGGCUUGUGGAGCGACGCAGAGGAGAUGUGUAAGGUGAACACUGCUCUACUCAAGAACUUCUGCGAAGCUCUUCCGAUUGCCAAUAUCAAGCCGAAGCGCAUCAUGCUCCAGACCGGCGCGAAGAACUAUGGUGUACAUCUUGGCCCCGCAGCGACCCCUCAAGAAGAAACGGCACCACGUGUCACUUUAGAACCCAACUUCUACUACCCACAGGAAGACUUUCUCUGGGAUUUCUGCAAGAAGCAGGGCAUUGACUGGAACAUAUGCAUGCCAUCGGGGAUUCUGGGCGCUGUCCCGGAUGCAGCCAUGAACAUUGUCUUUCCACUAGGAGUAUACGCAAGUGUGAAGAAACAUCUAGGCGAGAAACUCGAGUUUCCGACUGAUCUGCAUGCAUGGGAAGCAACAGCAUGCAUGUCCAGUAGCAAAAUGAAUGCUUACAUGGAGCAAUGGGCCGUGCUGAAUGAUGGGGCAAAGAACGAAAAGUUCAAUACAAUGGAUGGCACAACCUUUACAUGGGGAAAUUUCUGGCCAAAGUACGCAGGGUGGUAUGGUAUUGGAUAUGAGUAUCCCAGCCUAGACGACAGCGCGUAUACCGUCAUCACUUCACCAUACGACCCGCCUCCAAGGGGUUUUGGGCCACCAGCAACAUUUCGGAUUCGCUUUACGCUGACUGAUUGGGCAAAACAAGAGAAAGUGCAGAAGGCAUGGGAGGAGAUAAUCUCUAAGCACGGUCUCAAGGUGGAUAAGCUGCAAGAUAUGGACAUUGAUCGUAUUUUCGGCUUUACCGACGGAAUGAUGAGCUUUUCCUUGGAUCUCACCAUGAACAAGGCGCGCAAAAUGGGGUGGCAUGGAUUCGUCGACUCAAAUGAUGCCAUCAAGGAGGUACUUGGAGAGUUUGCAGAUCUCAAGAUGAUUCCUCCUGUGGGUAAGUAG